CCCAGUGUUUCUUGUGUUCCUUGUCGAGUCUUAUCGCAUCCAAGUCAGGUGGUCUCCGUGCAUCCAAGUCCGGUUGUCCCAAGUCCGGUGGUCAGUCCCAGAGGUCCUACCGCCAUCGGCUGUGCAUCCUGUAAUGGCAAUCUUAUGUGUUUGUGAUGCACAUCUACAACUCCUCCCGGGACGGCGGUGUCUGCUCGUGAACCCUUAGCCUAUCUGAUAACGGCCAAGGAAACUGUCCCUGAACUCUCUGCUAGCUCUGGCAUGUCCAAGGAGGCUGCAUUUAAACUCUCUGUCUGCUCUGACAUGACCAAGGAGACCGCCUUUGAAUUCUCUGUUUGCUCUGACAUGACCACGGAGGUCAUUCCUGAACUAUCUGUCGGGCCUGAUAUGACUACGGAGGGCGUCCCUGAACUCUCUGUCGGCCCUGACACGACCACGGAGGUCGCACCUGAACGUCCUGUCUGCCCUGACACGACCACGGAGGACGCACCUGAACGUCCUUUCUGCCCUGACACGACCACUGAGGUCGCCCCUGAACUCACUGUCUGCCCUGACACGACCACGGAGGUCGCCCUUGAACUCUCUGUCUACCCUGAAACGACCACGGAGGUCGCCCCUGAACGUGCUGUCUGCCCUGACACGAACACGGAGGUUGCCCUAAAAGUCCUGUCUGCCCUGACACAACCACGGAGGUCACCCCUGAACUCUCUGUCUGCCCUGACACGACCCCGGAGGUCGCACCUGAACGUCCUGUCUGCCCUGACACAACCACGGAGGUCGCCCCUGAACUCUCUGUCUGCCCUGACACCACCCCGGAGGUCGCACCUGAACGUCCUGUCUGCCCUGACACGACCACGGAGGUCGCCCCUGAACUCUCUGUCUGCCCUGACACGACCACAGAGGUGAUCCCUGAACUCUCUGUCUGCCCUG